CUUCCUCCCACACCCUUAUAUUUUGUCGUCUUUGUCUCUCUCAGAUCCUCAAUCCUCAGAAAACUCGUGCAACCUCCUGUUCUCUCUCUCUCUCUAUCCAACAGCUCUCCUACCGGCAGAAAUCAAUUUCCUCUCACAAUCAUGGCGGAAAUGGAUUCAUCAUCACCCUACUCGUUCGCCGAUUUCCCAGAGGACGUCCAGCUCUGCAUCCUGUCGUUUCUCAACCCAAUCGAGAUCGCCAAUUUCGCUUGCACAUCGAAGCGGUUCGGCCCCCUUUGCCAGAACGACAGCAAGCUCUGGUACGCUCUCUGCGACAGGCGGUGGGGUUCCAAGACCCAGAUCGGGAAGUGGGGGGAAGGCAAGAUCUCGUACAAGCUGCUGUACAAGACGCUGAACAAAUGGGAGAAUUUGAUCGGCUUCUGGCGCCGCUGUGGUCAGAGUCAGCAGAAAGUUAACCCGGCCGCCGCAGCCGCCGGCGUGGCCAAGCCGCCGGGCCUCGUCUUCUUCGAGUGGGGCCCUUCGUUCCUCCGCGGGUCCAGAGUCUCUCCUUCUCAAAAUGGUACGUAUGGCGUGCUCAAGUCGCCGUUUCUCAUCAUGGGGAUAUCGGCGGAGGGUCAGAUUGCCAAUUACCUCGACCCUGAAGGGCAAAAUGGAGCUGAUUGUGAAUUGGGGUCACCCGAAACGGAUUCGAUCCAUGUGAAUGUGAAUUUUAUUGGGGAUUUCCAUUUUAGCGUGGAGGAAGAUGAGAGCUUUGCAAACAGAAGGAGUUCAAAUGGGGAGAAUGCAAGAAGUGGAGGAGAUGAUAGCGGCGACGAUGUGGGAAGUAGUAAUGGGUUCGAAAGUGGGUCUCCUCCGGCGAGCUUGCCCGAAAUGGUGGAAAUGUAUCAGUACUAUGCGAAUAGGUCGAGUCCCGGUGCUGACCGGUCAUUGAGGAGGCAAAGGAGGAGAGGGAAGGAGAGGCAGUUUAGGAAGCGGUGGGAGACCGAGCAUUAUUUGAAGAUCGUUGAUUGCUUCCCCACGCAGUCUCGCCCUUUGCAAGGGAUAUGGAAGGGAAUUUGUGAGGAAAUGAAGUUGGAAUUCUAUCUCGUGGAAUAUGAUGGUGUUGGCAUCUCCUGCAGAAGACUAGGGGACUUAUCUGAACGUCUCUCUAGUUGUAUGCCGGUUUUUUGGACAUCCAAUCCAACAUUCAUCGAUUCUCCACUGUCACCCGAGGAGCUGCAUGUGUACGACAGUCGGAUACAUAUCCGACCACCUCCUGAUGAAACUUACGUGGAUGAUGAGGUGGUCAUGCGAGUCAUGUACAUCAACUCAAGUUUUGACCUGGUGAUUCCAGGACUGGAAGGAAGUGCAGCAAAUCCAUGGCGGGUUGAGGGAAGGAUUUGGCAGUACAAGAGUGGAGCAUUUGGGUUUGGAUUUCUUCGUGAUAACUUCGUCGUGGAUCUGAAACAUAUUGCCCAAAAUGGUUGUCUUCUUGAUACCAUGGGGGCCGCCUUGCAGUGAUUGAUGUAACUACUUGUGGCUUUGUUGUAAAAGUAGAAUUGUAGCUUUAUGCCAUAAGCUUCAUGGCAUUAUGUAUUUGUAUUAUGUCAUUUCUAGAACUAAUAAUCAGAAUUGGUAUCAUAAUGCUAUUAUCAAUUGACAACUUUUUUUUACCUCAAGC